AUGGUGGACUGCUGGAACAUCAUCGUCUCCGUCCUCGUGCUUCUCUCUUCUUGGCUACUCUUCGUCGGCCGUGAUCAUCCUAGACUACUGCUGGGGCGGGCGCAGAGGGCGACCGCGCCUGCUGCAGCGUCGAGCGUCCUGCAGGUCGGGGCGCUGCUCGACCUCGGGUCGACUGGCGGGAGGGAGUCACGGGCGUCCAUGUCGCUCGCGCUCGACGACUUCUACGCCUCGCGGCCGCCGGACGGCUCCGGCACCAGCACCACCGUGGCGCUGCACGUUGCCGACUGCAAGGAUGACGAGAUCACCGCUGCUUCGGCUGAGCCCAAUGCUGGAUUGAGUCGCCACUCACCAGCCCGUACACGGCCGGCUUUGCAGCCGGGGACUGCGGACUGCGGAGGGGCGGAGCCGGGAGCCGCGGAGAGCGGCAGCGCCGCGAUAGACCUGCUGAAAGACUUCAAAGUGCAAGCCAUCAUUGGGCCAAAGACAUCAAUGCAGGCGAGGUUCAUUAUUGGCAUCGGCAACAUGACAAAUGUCCCCAUCUUGUCUUAUUCGGCCACCAGUCCUUACUUGUCAGCUAAGCAAUCCAAGUACUUUAUUCGGACUGCCCUGGAUGAUGCCUCCCAGAUAAACGUGGAGCUUAACAAGCUGAAGACUAUGCAAACUCGAGUCUUUGUCGUGCACAUGUCAUCCGAUGUUGCAGCACGCCUCUUUGCCCUUGCACAUGAUGCUGAGAUGCUGGUUGAUGGUUAUGCCUGGAUUGUGACCGACAGUGUAGGCAACAUGUUUAGCACCCUUGAUGGGAACACGAUCCAUUCAAUGCAGGGUGUUCUUGGUGUGAGGCCUUACAUUCCACGAUUGGACAAGCUGCUCAACUUCCGCGCUCGAUUUCUUUCAUGGUACAAACAACAGAACCCAGGUGCACCUGAACCAGCAAAUCCAAAUGUUUUCCACAUGUGGGCAUAUGACACAGCAUGGGCCAUUGCAACAGCCCUAACAAAGGUUGUACCCCUUACACUGGGCUUCAAAUCGCCAUCAUCACAGAACAGCAAUAACUUCAAUGAUCUGCGCGUGCUUGGCGUGUCACAAGAUGGGCCAAGACUUGUUGAUGCCAUCCAGGCCACCAAGUUCCAAGGCAUAUCAGGUGAAUUUAUUCUAGUUGAUGGCCAGAGGCAGGCAUCAGUAUUUGAGAUAUUUAAUGUGAUUGGUAAUUCAUAUCAAAGUGCUGGGUUCUGGACACCCAAGUUUGGCCUAAGCAAGAAACUUGUUACCUCUUCUGGUCCAAGUGAUACCGUUGGAUUGAAUACACUUAUUUGGCCCGGUGGUUCAGCACAGGCUCCUAGGGGUUGGGAGUGGCCAGUGGCUGGAAAGAAGUUGAAGAUUGCUGUGCCAGAGAUGCCGUAUACUGUAUUCACGGGUUUUGUCAUAUGGCUUGUUGAGCACAAGGAAAGCAGGGAUUUUGGUGGCAGCGCUUGGAGGCAGCUUGUCAACAUUGCUUAUUUCAGCUUUCAAGCACUUGCUGUUCCAAAGGACCCAAAACUGAAGAAAUGGUUAUCAAAAUUUGCACUAAUAAACUUGGUGUUACUGGUUUGGUUGUUGGAGAAACUCUAUAGUGCAAGCUUGACCUCCAUGAUGACUGUACACCAACUCCAGCCAACGGUUGUUGACUUGAAUCAACUUAUUAGUAAUGGAGAUUAUAUUGGUUACCAGGGUGGGUCUUUUGUUAAGGAUUUCCUGAAGAGCCAAAAAGUAGAGGAGCACAAAAUUAGAAAGUACAGCUCUACAGAUCAGUAUGCUGAGGCACUGAUGAAAGGGAGCUGGAAUGGCGGUGUUGCAGCAGUAUUCGAUGAGAUACCGUACCUCAAAUUGUUUAUGUCGAAGCACUGCAGGAACCACAGUAUUGUUGGUCGUGUUCACAAGACUGGUGGAUUUGGCUUUGUUUUCCCCAAGGGCUCUCCACCGGUCACCGAUGUGUCAAGGGCCAUACUGACAGUGACAGGAGACAAGUUUGCGGGCAUUGAUCAGAGAUGGUUUGGAGACGAGUCAUAUGGUUCCGACCAAGGCAAGAAGAAGAGCCAGUCGAAGCAGUUGCUGAACUUGCUGUUGAGCAUGUCUGUGGCAACAGAGAUGAGAGUAUUAUUUGGCGCAUUGGCAGAGAUAGUUAUCUGCUCAUUCAGUUGCGUGGUAAUCCACCACGGCCUGCUGAUGCAGGAGCUGAAGGAGUGGCACAGCCAGAAGCUGGACUUGAUGGUGUAG